AUGUUAUCGAAAAAGGAAAAUCGUUCACGUGAAAAUAAAGUGACAAGUUGCAAUAAAAAUUUAGUGGAAUCACAAAGUAAUCAACAAUCAUCCUUUCCCCCUAAUCCCUAUAACAAUGAAAAUGUUAUUAAUAAGCAAGAAAAGUCAUCAACAUCGUCUUCAUCAUCAUCAUCAUCAACAACAACGACAGAAAAACAUGAUACACAACAGGAAAUUACAGGAGGAAAUUGUUCCAUUGUCGAUAAAGGGGAAGGUACUGAUGAAAAAAUCAAUACGACACCAAAGAAACGUUUCUUUGACUUGAAACGUACAGCUGAGUCAGCAACGAGUAAAAUUUCAUCAAUUAGUCCAUCGAGAUUUUCAUUGAAUAAUCUAACGCCAAAGUUACGAAGGAAAAGUGCCACGAACCAUAAAUUAUCGCAAUUAGAGCGGCAAAGUAAUUUAUUUAUUCGAGAUGGGUCCGAAAAUAAGACAAACAAUCCGGAGAAUUUAAUGAGCGUUGCCAUAGAAAAUGGAACAAUUGAUGAUAAUGCGAAACAUCAACAAACAACGGCUGAAGGCAAAAUUGAGAAUUGUAAUAAUAUUAAAAGUAAAAAGUCCUCGUUGAUUCCGUCCUUUAAUUUUAAAAUUUCAUCCACGAAUGCAAAGCAAGGAAAUUUAAAAAAUUUAUGCAAAAACUUUUCUCGUAAUGAACCUGAAUUUCCAAAUUAUGAGGAAAUCGAUAUAUUCCACUUUAAUGAAGUUGAAAAUAAUGUAAAUGAAAAUUUGCCGCAGGAAAUGCAGGAUAAACAAAAUCUAAGAAAGUUUUCACCAUCGAGACAAAGAGAAAUUCUAGACACUGCGGAAACUGAUUUAAUUGAAGCUCUAAUUGCGGACAGUGAGCAGCAUGACGCUAUGUCAAAUACAGAAUUAAUACCAAACGUACAAGAAAUGCUAAAGAAUAUUCCUGUACGACAACGUAAAGGAAACAUAUCACAUAUGGAAAAUUAUUGUCUUUUCGAUCCAGCUGUAGAUUUCUAUGAUGAUAAAGAAUUACGAAGAAACAACUUUGCAACACAAUCAAUUGCAGAUUUUCAUUUUCCCAUUGGAACGUUUCAAAAUAUUUUACAGCAACAAAAAGUACAGAAACCAACUCUUCAAAUUAAAGAAGAAUAUUCCACUGUAUAUGAUACAACGGAACAUGAUGAAAGACUUUUAUACCACAAUUAUUAUGAAAUUGAUCCAGAUUUAUUGGAACAAGAUGAAGCUGCAAUGCCAGCAAUUGCAAUUGAACCUAAUCGGAUUGAUGAAAAUCCCAAAUCGGUAUUUAUUGGCGAGCAAACGUCAAGACAGUCAUCAAGUUCAUCAUCAAGCUGUGAUUAUCCAUCAAUCUUCAAUUCUGUCAUAGAAACGACUCCAUCGUCCACAAUUGAAUCAACGGACGAGAAUGAAACAAUAAAUAAUGACAUUCCACAAAGUGGAAUCAUUCAAACGAAUGAAAAUGUAAUUACCUGCAAUUCAGAAACGGGUACAAAGAAAAAAUCACAGCCACAAUUGGAGAGAAUUGUUCUGCAGCAAGUUGCAAAACGUAAUACAAAUCAAUGGCAAACUAUGGCAACAAGGAUGAAUGGAAAAUCAACAAAAAUCAAUUUGCAAUUAUUUUACAAUAAAGCCGAUCCAUUAAAAUCAAGCCAUUCACUUCCGCAACUGCAAAACAUUGGUAUUACUGCCACUUUUCAACAAAUUGCUGACGAUGGAUGUGAUUACAAAGUAGAAAUCAAUAAACGUACAGCAGCAAUACCAUUGCGAAAAACUAUACGUAAAGCACGUCCAUUAUCAAGCGAUAGCGGUUUUACUACUCCAAGUCCACCGAAUGAAAUUUCAUCGUCAAAUCAAUCACAAUGUCCGUCGAGUAAUAGUGCGAAUAAUGCCAACGGAAAUGGUCAAGUGGAUAAUUACAAAACAACGGAAGCAUCGAAUAACAAUGGACGGAAUGAAUCAACAGUGUUGAAUCAUUGUGAUAACAUACAACAGCUGAUUGAGGUGAGUAAUGUAAAACCAUCAGUGUGA